AUGGAUCGCUCUUGUUUGGAGAACCUUUUGCGGUUACCUGGUUACGACCACGAUAAACCAAUUGCAGAUGUAUCUGUACUCACAUGUGGAUGUUUGACAUCAGAGAGCUGGUUUCGGGACACUUAUUUAGACGGCAGCAGUGGCAGAUGCCCCAAUUGUCAUUCAUCAAAUGUUUCAAUACUCGCUGAAGUCAAGCCUUUGCGAAAUCUAUAUUACUUACUCCAGACCCCUUCGCAGAGUCAAUUGCAAGGUAAUCGUCGCCGACGGUCAUCAUCUAAAAAAAGCUUUAAACACUUGCAAGAUGAUACAACAUCAUCGCAACAGCACCAGAAAGUACAUACUUUUGGAACAAGUCCCAGUGAAGCUACCGAUCUAAUCACUUUAUUCCACAAAUUUGCAAAGGAGGAGCAAUACAAUUCAAACAAUUCGAGAACAAGAGAAAAAGAGAAAGGAAAAGAAAGGGAAUUGGCACGGGACAGAGAAACAAGGACGGUAAAGGAAACGGAAAAGGAAAAGGAAAGGGAAAGGGAGUUGGAAAAGGAGAUGCAGAAAGAGAGGGAGAGCGUUAAGGAGACUACUCACACCAGCACUAUAGAAAUACCUGGGUUACGAGCAGAUGGGAAACAGCAACCAAUAGAGUCACGGAUUGGCACUUCUUACCCGUCGACUCUGUCGAUGGGGUCGCUUACAAUGUUGGAGCAGGCUCGUGGAAGUUUAGACCCGAUAUCAGCACUAGCAGUCAAUCACAAUAAUGAUUUGACGAAUUUGAAUAAUAAGACACAAUAUGAAUCGUUGUUUGAAUACCUUAACGAGCAAAAAGAAUACAAUUUUAGCAAGUGUUUUCCGUUUCAUAGAAAGCUUUUAUCGUACCCCACACAACAGAUGAAGUUGAAUCUUGGUGCAAUAAAUCCCUUCAAAACCGGAUCUUACAUCAAAAGAGCAAUCUGCUCGUCGAUAGUUUCGUUCCUUGAUUAUGAUAAUGGGUUGGAAAUCACAAGGUUUGUCUUGAUGAGCGAGAAGAAAUGGGAAUUGUAUGAAUAUGUUACACCAAUGAAAGAAUUGGAUGUAUCUCAUUAUCGGCCAAAGUUAUUGUGUUGUGGUAAGCUGACUGGCGAGUAUGGUACAUCUUUUAAUGCACUAGUUCAAGCAACAGUUCCGGGUCCCAAUGAAGUUGUAAAACGCAGCACAUUCAAUUCCGCAAACGUAGAUGACAAAAGAACAGCUAUGGGAGGAGAAUUGAAGAAACGAUUAGCUUCUUGGGACCAACUUUAUUGCCAACUAAGUAAGAAUUAUAUGGUUAUUCUGGGUACUAAGGGUGUGAUGAGAGUGAUUAAUGUGAGAUCCGGCUUGAAAAAAGUCGAUAUGGGUGAGCUGAUUUAUACAUAUUUGACUGAUUUCCCAAUCAGAUGCUUUAGUGUGUCACCCAAUGAACGUUUGAUUGCUUGCGGUUUAACUGCAAGAGAACGUAUCCUGGACAAGGAACAACCGUUCAUUGUAUUGCACCGACUUAAUGAGAAAGCUAGUGUAGUGGGAGCGGAUGAUGUUAUCGAUGACGAUGACGAUGACGAUGUCAAUGACGAGACUCGAGUGCAGGUGCAGGCGCUGGAAGCUAUGAAUGAGGAAACAUGGGGGUUGAGACAACAAAUCGGUAUGAAAGUGAAUUGGAAGGGAAAAGAAAAAGGAAAAGGAAAAGGAAAAGGAAAAGGAAAUUUGAAUGCAAAUGGAAAUGGAAAUAUCAAUUCGAAUAGAAGGGCGAACGAUGAACGAGAGAAGGUAUUUGAAUUUGAUGAUCCCUUGACUAUUACAAUCCCAUUCCGAGAUCCAAUCAAGAUAAUCAACUUCAAUGCUGCAUCAACCCAUAUUAUUUGUGCCACUGUGUGGGAGCCAAGGUAUAUCAUUAUUAAGUUGAAAAGUUUUCAUAGCUUGGACUAUAGAAAGCCGAGAUUGAUCUGGUCCGAUAUUGCAUACAAGUCAGGACGACGCACUGAAGAUACCGAGAUGCAGAACUCAAGACAAGAUGAACUAAUGAUGGCAAAUGAAGGAACCACUGAUAUUCAGUUUGACGAUUCCAGUGUCGAUCUGAUUGUGAUUUGCUCUAGCUCUUUGACCAAUAGACCUCCACAAAUCAUUCACAUUGAAGGCGCCAAGCUCAACUCAGGCAGGAUGACUACAACAACAACAACAACAACAACAACAACAACAGCUGUUACUGCUGCUGCUGCCGCCGCUGCCGUUCCGACAACAGAGAAAACAAUGGCAACGACGUCUAAAGCUGCUGUAGCUACAGAUACUUCUGCAGUUGCAAACAAUAUUGCUAUGGCAGGUAGUAUGUCCAAUGUAGAAGAAUAUGGGGAAUCGUAUGCAAGUAGCCACACUGAAGAAGAAUCGGUGACUAUAACGUCCUCAGAGGUGGUAAUGCGUUUUAAUGAGAUUGGCUCUUCGAUACAUCGAACGGCACUAUCACCAAGAGGUGAUGGCAUUAUCUUCUUGGACAAAGAUGGCAAAUUGUUACUUGUAUCUUUACCGCACCACGGCAUGCAGGGUCGGUCGAAAACUACAAAGAAAGUAAUUGUAUUAUUAGGGGAAGUGGCUAAUGCAGAGCGUUUCAGCGAGGCUGCUUCGGUGAAAUUUUCUGCUGAUGGUGGGAAGGUGUUUACGUUGGAUCGAAAAGGAGUCUUUUCUGUGUUUGAUUUUACAAAAGGUGUUCCCGGUGAAGAUCUUGAUGUUGUUAAGUGUAAGAUAUUGAGUUUACAAUAG